AUGAAUCAUAUCGGAGUGAAACACACCGAUGACUUCCUUAGUCUAAUUCCCCAGUUUUUGACGAGAGCUCAUAUUUUGGUGUCUAAGUUUCUGGCUAAGUUGAGAAAUUAUGGUUUAAUCAUUUGCGUUGAGGAUUUUCCGUCGUCUCCUUUCGCCCCCAUUUCUCCACCCUCCGAUCUCCCAAAUUUCCUCUGCUCUCGCGCCCAAAUACAAAUUCGAAUGGCUGAUGGACGGGCAGGUGGCUCGUUUGGAGUUCCGGGAAGCCCUGGCGGCGGUGGCGGCAGCCACGACAGCGGGGGCGAUCAGAGCCCUCGAUCGGGUGUCAGGGAGCAGGACAGAUUUCUUCCGAUUGCGAACAUCAGUAGGAUCAUGAAGAAGGCGCUCCCGGCCAACGGAAAGAUUGCUAAGGACGCUAAAGAAACCGUCCAAGAAUGCGUCUCUGAGUUCAUCAGUUUCAUCACCAGCGAGGCGAGUGACAAGUGUCAGAAAGAGAAAAGAAAGACUAUUAAUGGGGAUGAUUUGCUGUGGGCUAUGGCAACUCUGGGAUUUGAAGAUUACAUUGACCCAUUAAAGGUGUAUCUGGCUAGGUACAGAGAGGGUGAUACCAAAGGAUCAGGGAAGGGUGCAGAUGGAUCUGCUAGAAAGGAUGCACUAGUACCUAAUCCUGGUUCUCAGGUGCAGCUUGCUCACCAGUCGUCUCCUUUCGCCCCCAUUUCUCCACCCUCCGAUCUCCCAAAUUUCCUCUGCUCUCGCGCCCAAAUACAAAUUCGAAUGGCUGAUGGACGGGCAGGUGGCUCGUUUGGAGUUCCGGGAAGCCCUGGCGGCGGUGGCGGCAGCCACGACAGCGGGGGCGAUCAGAGCCCUCGAUCGGGUGUCAGGGAGCAGGACAGAUUUCUUCCGAUUGCGAACAUCAGUAGGAUCAUGAAGAAGGCGCUCCCGGCCAACGGAAAGAUUGCUAAGGACGCUAAAGAAACCGUCCAAGAAUGCGUCUCUGAGUUCAUCAGUUUCAUCACCAGCGAGGCGAGUGACAAGUGUCAGAAAGAGAAAAGAAAGACUAUUAAUGGGGAUGAUUUGCUGUGGGCUAUGGCAACUUUGGGAUUUGAAGAUUACAUUGACCCAUUAAAGGUGUAUCUGGCUAGGUACAGAGAGGGUGAUACCAAAGGAUCAGGGAAGGGUGCAGAUGGAUCUGCUAGAAAGGAUGCACUAGUACCUAAUCCUGGUUCUCAGGUGCAGCUUGCUCACCAGAAUUUCUAUCAAUUCAGGGUGGAGGAAGACGAGGCGGCAGGUGGUGGUACGGAAUAUAAAACCCUAAUGGAAAAUUCUAGGGAUCCAGGCAGCGGGUAUUCAGUUGAUGGGGUUAGGGUUUUGGAGGAGGCCAAGGGUUUAGUCGAGGGAAUGCAAAUGUUGGAUGUAAAAGAAGGGGGUGAUGGUAAAAUGGAUGAUAAGGUCAGUGAAGUUUCUCUGAAAUUGAAUGUGGAUGCGAAUGGGGAGAGGGUUAAGGGAGCUUAUUGGAAAUCUAGGGUUGAGGAAAGGAUGACUGGGCAGGAUGCACGGGGCUCUUGGGGAGUUAUGGAGUUGGUUGGAAGAGUGCUUCAUGGUAAUUUUGGAAUGGAAAAAGAAGAGCGAGAUUUUAAGCAUUUUGAAGACGAGACUAGUAGCACAUGUCCUGUGAAUUUGAAUGUAACGCGCGGUGCGAUUGGGGAGGCUGUAUCUGGAAAUGAAUUUGUCAAUAUAGGAACUGACGUUGAUAAGAUAUUGGACGAGCAGAAGUUGGAUUUGCACAGAGAAGGAGCUGGUCUAAGCGGGGAUGCUGUAUCUGGAAAUGAAAUUGGCAUUGAAGGAACUGGGGCUGACAAGAUAUUGGACGAACGUAAUUUAGAUUUACAUGGUGAAGGAGCUGGGUUAAAUGGAAAACAAAAUGCGGUUAUUAUUGAACAGGUGCCGGAUGAAAAUUCUAGAAAUACCGAGUUAUAUAUUGAUAAACCUGGUUUCCUGGUACCAAACAAAAGUGGAGAAGGAGAUGCUCUUAAUGAAAAACAAAAUGUGGUUAUUAAUGAACAAGUGCCAGAUGUAAUUUCUAGAAAUGCUGUGGGAGACGAAGAGAAGGCUGGUUUACUGAUUCCAAAAACACAUGGAGAAGGAUCCGGUCUAAAUGGAAAAGAAAACUUGGUGGUUAACGAACAUGUGCCAGAUGUAAAUUAUAGAAAUGCUGAGGAAUAUAAUGGAAAUCCAGGUUUGCUGAUGCCAAAAACACGUGGAGAAGAGUGCAUAACAGAAAAUGAAGGAGAAUACUGCGUGUCAGAUCUAGUAUGGGGCAAAGUAAGGAGCCACCCCUGGUGGCCUGGGCAGGUAUUUGAACCUUCGGCUGCAUCAGAGAAUGCGACUAAAUAUUUUAAGAGAGACAGUUACUUGCUAGCAUAUUAUGGGGACCAGACAUUUGCAUGGAACGAGGUAUCAAAGAUAAAGCCAUUUCGUAUGCACUUCUCUCAAAUGGAGAAACAGAGCAAUUCCAUAGCAUUUUGUCGUGCUGUGGAUUGUGCCUUAGAUGAAACUGCUAGACGGGUUGAGCUCAGUCUGUCAUGUUCAUGCUUGCUAGAGGAGGUACAUAAUAAUAUAAAGACUCAGGUGGUUGCAAAUGCCGGUAUCAGGGAAGAAUCAAGUAGAAGAGAUGAGAGGGACAAUUUAUCAAGUGCGGCCGCGUUUUUACCCGCAGAACUCGUGAGUUACUUAAACGUAUUGGCUGAAGCCCCAAAAUGUACAACUGAUAAAUUGGAAUUUGUGAUAGCAAAAGCUCAGUUGCUGGCCUUUAAUCGAUGGAAGGGUCACUAUAAGCUUCCUGAUCUCCAGGAGUUUGGUGUAUUGUUGGAGGACGAUUCUCAUGUUACCGUUCCCGGCAAUGGAAGGGAUUCUCCUGAGGUGAUGGAGGGAGCGCUUCUAGGUUCCGAGGUUGCUCAUCAAUCUAAAAAGAGAAAGUCAAUUCCUCAAGAUGGUUCUUCUCGGAAGCGCAAGCACCGCUCGAGUGACAAUGAAUGGUCCUUGAGCAGCUCAGGAUUACCAACUGGUGAGAAGAAGUCUGGAAGGAAGACUAGCAAGGAGAUGGCCACUUCUGGUGAAAAAUGCAAGCCCAUUGAUUAUAUAUCAAGUGAUUCUAAUAUGGAAGGAAAGAAGAGACUUUUGCCACGCAACGAUAAAAAAAUUUCGCAGCCUAAUUCGUAUCUUAGAGUUGGAGAACGCUUAUGUAGGGCUCUAAAGUCUGGUGAUGGAAGUUCUACUCAAUCUGUUCGUAGAAGUGGUGGAGCACAUGCAACUGGUGUUCUUUUGGGUUUGACCCCAGGUUCAGGGAAAUCUCAAAGCGAGAAGUUGAUUCCAGCAGAGUGCCCUCCUCCACGUGAGAUUUUUUCAAUGCUAUGCAUGGCUGCAAAACAUCCCAUGAAAAAGUCUUGCUUAUUGACUUCAGCUGUAAGUCUGUUCUGUGAGUUCCGGAAUUCUACUUGUUUGGAAAAUGGUAAAGCACGAGAUCACGAAAAGAAUGCUAAGAAGCACAAGGAGAAACUACCUUCCAACUUGGAGAAUGCAGAUAUAUCUGGAUUUGCAGGUAUAGAAGACUCAUAUUGGACCGACAGAAUCAUUCAAAACGACCCUGAGGAGAAGAUGAUAUAUGAACCUGAGAUACCUACCUGGAAGGUUGCCUCUGCUGCUGAAACUGAAGCUGUUUUUGGUAUGAGCGAAAUUUCAGAAAAUAAACAAGAAAGAGAUGCUGUCAUUCUGGAUUUUGAAACAGACAAUUUAUCUGGUCCAGUUGAUGAAAAAUCCCUGAAAUAUUCUCCAACAGCACUGAUCCUCAACUUUACGGAUUUAGAAUCUAUUCCUUCAAUAGCAAAUCUGAACGGGAUAUUUAGCCGUUAUGGACCUUUGAGCGAGUCAGAGACUGAAGUAUUAAGCAAAAGCAAGCGUGUAAAGGUGAUCUUCAAGAGUCGAGCCGAUGCUGAAGCUGCUUUUAGCAGUACUGGGAAAUUUAGAAUUUUUGGACCUUCACUUGUCAGUUACAAGCUCAACUAUUCCCCUAAACUGCGCAAAGCUCCUACAACUUCAAAGCGAAACAGAAGGCAAACAUCAAAGAAAGACAGUGCACUUUAA